GGAGUUGCACAAAAUAAUAAAAAUUGGACUCUCACUCACUCAUUACGGCUGCCAUGUUUUUUCUCAUGUGGGGAGUGUGUGUAUAAAGUUGUAACAUGAAAAUUUUACCCCAAUAAACUGUAAAAGAAGUAAGGGGUGCACUAAGUGCGUCUUUAGUUGUAGCUAGUGACAAUGCGAUUGCAUGUAAUAUAAGUGCGAAAUAACGCUGCAUCACAAGAUACUAAACUACUAGCAAAGAACUGGCCAAAGAAUUAAGGAUGUAUUAGUAAAAAAAGCAUCCAAAAAAAAGGAUCGAUUUAUAUCACACGGCCCAAGGCAUUUGAAAAAUGGACCUACGAUUUCCGAGCACAAUGUUGGUGUUCGAUAGCGACAGAUACUAUCAAGGGCAAGAUGCGUAAGCACAAGAGAGGGAGCCAGGCGUGCGCCUGCUGGCCUGCCACUUCCAGAGAAUCCCAGACUCCACACUCUGUCAUCUGAUACCUACACACUUCUCAUAGAGGAUAUGCAGUGCUCAAUAACAUUGGAAAGAGACCGUGUCAGUGGGAACAAAAUGAAGACUUUAAACCAUUAUAAGAAUCCUUAUAAAAAGGAAUCUAAUCUUAACACUGUCGUCGGUCAACUCUGUACAAGACUUCAAGACAUCAAAGAUCACGAAAGCGUGGCUCUAGUAGGCAUGCCCACGUGUACCUUAGAGCACACUGAGGCUGUUCGACGAUAUUACGCUGCUUUUCCGGCUCUGAAGAAAGGCCAAGAGUCUCCGCUGCAGUACUACCUGCCGCCGCCAGCGUGGUGUCGCAAAACAGCACCAGAAGCCAACAUCAAGAUGCAAAGUGAAUUGUCAAUGUCAAAAGAUUGGAAUCCUAAAAACAAAAAGUACUCAGGCAAAGAACGUCGUAACUCUUAUCACGGUCAAAAGAAGAACAGGAAGCGCUGCAACAGCUACAGCAAAUCAUUUGAAAGCAAAGAGAGCCUGCCUGAGUGGGUAACAUAUGAGGGAGUCUGGGACAUGGAGACCCAAGACCCAGUCAAGGAGUUCAUCCGUGCUAUAGCACUCGACGAAGGUUACGGAACUUGCGAGAAUACAGUCACUGACGAAAUAAAAGAAAUAACGCAAGUUAAAAUGAAAAUGAACGAAAACCUAGUUCCGGACUGGGAUGAUAGCCUUGAUCUAGACAGUGACUGGGUCAUCAAGGAAGAUCUUAAGCCAAGGGUUCUCACACCAAUGGAAGAGGAGUUGUAUGCGAAAUUCGAGGCUAAGUUUGAUCGUAGCAUUGAGGCAUUGUGGUCUAAGGACCAAAACACGCCAGAUGAUGAGUACCAAGACCUGCCAAUUGAUUUUCAAGAUUUGCUAUCAUCGCCUUCCGAUCAUUUGUUCGCCGAUCCGUCCGCCGAGAAGUGCAGCCUAAUUUCUCUCACCGAAAGUAUAUGGUCUAACGACGGCUUUCCCACGGCCGAUCGCACCGAGUCGCCUUCAAAAAUCGCUGAAGCUCUGCACGACCGCUUCAAGCCGCUGAACUUAACCGACACUACCGAACCUCGAGAAAUUGAGUCGUUUUCGCUAUAUGAGGGUGAGGAGAUAUACGACGCGCUGUCGACAGUCGCAAAAACGAUGCGCUCGUUUACAGCGAUCAACCACAGUCGGGAUCGCAGCGGCUUCGUGGAGGUGCCUCCGCGUCGUCACAAGGUCGAGCGUAUCACUUUCGGAAACGUGGUGGAUAAGCAACCGACAGAGGAGCCCGCGCGUUCACCGUCACGCGAGCGCGAGGACUUGCUCACGUCGACGAGGACGCACUUCCGCCCCAUCCGCCGCGAGGCCGAGGCCGCCGCGCCGUACGCCGACGGCGACACGUUCGACAUCCGCGGCGACCUCGACCCGGUGGAGUUCCACCGCAGCGAGUCCGGCGGCGUGUACCUCGAGAGCUCCCUCGAGCGCUACCUCGAGUACCGCGCCAGCAAGAGCAUCGACUACGGGCGACUGAACCUCACGGCGGCGCAGCGCUGCCCCGACCUGGACGACCCGGGCUUCCGCUUGCGCUUCCCGCUGCGGCAGCUGGACGCCGCCGUGCAGACGGAGGAGCCGGCCGCCUGGGCGUGCGCGUGCAGCGGCGCCAAGAAGAUGCGGCCCAGCAUCUGGGGCGCGCCGGGCGGCUGCGCCCAGUGCGCGCCCCCGCCGCCCGCGCCGCGCGCCCCCAGCGACGAGCUGUCGCGCGAGUGGGAGGAGCUGCUGUCCGACAUCAGCGCCGCGCACGCCGAGUACGCGCGCGCCGACGACGUGGAGGAGGCGCUGGUGUCGGCCGAGCGCAAGCGCCGCCACAGCACGGCGCUGCGCGGCGCGGCCGGCGCCAAGGGCCCGCCCUGCCCGCACCCGCACGCUCGCUUCCUGCACUGCUGCGCGCUGCUCGACCGCCCGCUCACGCGCUAGCCGAACGCCCGCUGAGAAAUUUAUUUUAUUGACUUGUACAUUUGUGUCGUGAGUCGCCUUUCCGCGAAGACUACGUGAACCCGGUUACGCCCGACCGGCGUAUCCUCGUGGAUUAUUGCUUUCCGUGAGUUGUGUUUUCUAUAUUCAAAUUUUCACCGAUAAAUUUCUCAGAAAUGUUCGACUGUGGCCGAGCGUUCGCUAGAUCUGGCCGUUCGAGUGUAUCUCGUCGAUCGGUCGUUAGAAGGUGUUGGUAGUAGUCGAUAGUUAUUUACUCCCGUAAGUUGGGCCGUUUUGACACAUAUUUACUUAACUGUAGUCGUCGUUUAUUUAUCGGCGUCGUCUUUGCGCGUUAUUGAAUGAACUCACCUGUAAAACCUAAGAACUUUGAACUGCAAUUAGUGUUACGUGAAUAAUGUGUCAAGGCGAUCUUUAAUUAGUUAUUACCUUACCCAACUAUUCUGUACUAUACAUUUCGCCUCCAUUGAACUUAUUACUGUCAUUUAAAGAUAUGAAUUAAUAUAUGCAUAUAUAUGAAAUCACAUUGAAGUCUGAAUCAAUGUCGCCACGGAAGCGCAUAUGGUUCAAGGCUAUAUUUAUCUUUUCAAGUGGCAUUAGAAUGAAAAGUUAGCAAUAAAUAAAUAUAGGAUAACAUUAGCAAAGCCUUAUUUAUUGUUCUCCGGGUGGAUUAGAAAUAUGAAGAAGGCUAGACCUGCUAACAUAUCUUAUAAUGAUUGUAGAUAUUCUGCGGAGGAUUAUAAUGUAACUUUAGUUCAAUGUUUUCUUUGUAGAGAUUUCGUAUUAAUGUAAGAGCACUGUUUGGAAUGCUGCCGCUAGCGACAUGAUCAACACAUUUGGUGAAGAUUGAUUGAUGUUAAUCUACUGUAUUUUUUGUGGUAUUCCUAUGAAAAGGUAUUGUAAAAUUCUCAAUUAUUCCAAUUACGAAAUUUGAUUUGAUCUUUUUAACAGAAUGCAUUAAUUUGAGCGCGACAAGAGGGACAGCAUUCCAUGAUCAGCGACUUGGACGAUUCUAAUAUAAUUCUUACAAUAAUAUCGUCCCAAAAAUUGUUUAAAUAAAAUAUGUUAAUAUAAAGCAUAGGUAGACAGGACAUUUUUAUUUUUGUUACUAUUUUUCGUUUGUUUUCUGGCUAUUCAAAAUUUCAUUAAAAUUUUAUAUAAUCUAAAGAUAAUUGUUCUGUUUUCUGUUAACACAAUUUGAGGGUGUACUUUUGAGUUGCGAGGGUUAGAUUGAGGCGCAUCUCCGGCCAGCGCUGGGUGUAUUUUUGGGAGGCAAGUCUCGCAAAAGACGUAUCCAUUGGUAGACGCUUUGUAAAAGCAAAGCUAGGCUGAGAUGUGAGCUCAACUAUCUGUGGUUAGAGUACUUUAUUCGAAGGCAAUGGACGGUUUGUUUUAAUGGUUUGUCCAAUAUGUCUUUAAGUUUUAUACGCGGCGAUUUUAUUGAGUAGCCGCAUAAUUUAAAGUAGGACAGCGGGACAAAAGCGGGCCGCGCCAGUCGCGCACCGGAGUGCGGACCCAACGCCCGGCUGUAGUAGUAAUUAAAGGUGUAAAGUUUUAUACGAAGCUGGACAAUGGUAGUCGGGGGCAGACGCCCCCUAGUGUGACGAUGGAGAAGUGUUGUAUUGUGCUCUUUGAUAGUAAAGUUCGCCGUCACUGUUUAAAUUGCUCGGAGCCGAUUCAUUUGCAUCUUGGAUGUUUUCUUUUCAAUUUACUAGAUGUCUCGCUGCUUGAGACUCAUCGCGAGAUCAUUUUAAACAGUGACUGCACGUAAAUUGUAACAUAAUUUACAGUUCCAAGUAUGGAUUGUAACAGUUCAUAUAGGCGUAACUGUAUUAUAGUUUAUGUAAAACAUAAGAAGUGUAUAUGUUAUAUUUUCGUAUAUUUUCAUUUUAUAUGGGGUC